AUGAUAUUUGGCUUCUUUAAAACCACUUUUAGAAUUUUGUCAAUAAUUUCACAUUCUUUAUCAUUAUUCAAUGAUCGAGUUAUCCAUAAAUGUUUAAGGCUAUCAGGGAAAUAUGGAUACUCCAACGGAUCUUCUUUUAUAUCUAACAAUUCCGUAAUACUAUUAUCAUUAUUGUUGUUACUUCUUAAAUCGAGUUUUUCAAGAUGGGGGAAAUCACUAAACUUACCAACAAUUCUUUGGAUUUUACAUUCACUAAGAUUGAGUUCAACUAAAGAUUUAGGUAAAUCUGACAAAUCAAAAAUUGGUAUAUUCCCUUCUUCUUCUCUCUCAUAUUCGCGUAGUAAUAAUGUUUUCAAUUUAGUAUAUUUGGUCAAAUUCAAAUGUGCAAAAUUAAAAUCAUCUGGUAGAUCAUUACAACUUAAAUCAAGUCCUUCAAUAUUUGGUGGGAGAUCAAUUGGUGUUUUUAACUCACUAAAUCUAUUAUACCUCAAUGAUAAUCUCAAUAAACUUGACGGAAGCUGUGGUAAAACGGACAAUUUAUUACCUGCUAAUGACAAUUGUCUUAAGUUUGGUGGGAAUUUAAAUGAUGAAUCAAUCUCCUGGAUUUCACUGUAUUCAAUACUCAAUGUAGUAACACUUUCAGGAACUUGGAAAUUAGAACCAUUUAAUUUAUCCAUAAGAACUCCUUCCACUUCCAAAUAA